AUGGUUGUUCCUGCUACCACCAGUGAUAGUGUUGCUGCAGUUCCGACUACCACUCAUGUGGUACAGUUCAAUCCAGCUGCCCAAUUACCUAUCAAACUGCAAGGUAACCUCAACUUUGCCGCCUGGAAGGCGCAACUAGUGAUGCUACUCAAUGGACACAAGCUCCUUAGGCAUCUCACUGGUGCCAAAUUUGCUCCGCCAACCACUAUCACACAAACUGAUAGUACCAUCUCCAAUCCUGAAUAUGAGCUGUGGUUUUGCCAUGACCAACUAAUUCAACAGGCAAUGAUGGCAUCCGUUGACCCCACUAUUGCUCCCACUGUUGCAACUGCCUCUUCGGCAAAAAUAGCUUGGGAUCUCCUUCAUACAGCUUAUGCCAAUAGGAGUCACACUCGCAUAUUCAGCUUAAGAGAUCAGUUUCAAAACAUGAAAAUGGCCUCCAAGACAGUUGCUACUUACCUACAGGAGAUCAGAUCAAUUGCUGAUGCUCUGAAAGUAGCGGGCUCUCCGGUGGCUGAUGAUGAACUAGCAGUGAAGAUUUUGAGUGGCCUAGGUCAUGAGUACCGUGAAAUCACUGCCACUAUAAGAGCGCGCGACACAGCCCUAAGCUUUGAGGAGUUGUUCCAGAAACUCACGGACUAUGAACUCUUUCUCAAACAUCAAGAUAUUGACAGGUCAUCUUCCAUCAUCACGGAUGCAGUUGCACAAAGGACCAACUUCCAGCCCCAACAUCAGAAAAAUAAUCGUUGCUUCCCAAAUCAAUCUUCAAGACCACAAGCUCCACGACAGGCGGUCCCUGGAAAUCAACAGAAUGGGAGACUACCCAGGCAAGCGGUCAACUUUGUGUCAAAUCAUCACUCCGAUGCAAAUCCUUGGAUCCUUGACUCUGGAGCAACUCAUCAUGUCACAACCGAGUCAGAUAAUCUUGAAGAAUACACUGGCAAUGAGGAAGUGUCCAUGGGUGACGGAAAAAUUAUUCCCAUUACUCACACUGGUUUUACUCAAAUUAAGGCUUCUAACUCCAAUUUCAUGCUCUCUAACACUCUUUGUGCUCCAGCUAUCAAAAAGAACCUUAUUUCUGUUGCUAAGUUUUGCACUGACAAUCUGAACUCAAUCGAAUUUUUUCCACAAUCUUUUCUUGUGAAGGAUCUCAAAACUCGGAGACUACUGGUACAAGGCCGAAAUAAGCACGAACUCUAUGAAUGGCCACAGAGGGAUCAUGUGUCACCUUCAGCCAACUUCACCUCCACCAAAGUUUCCCGUCAACUGUGGCAUCGUCGCUUGGGUCACCCUCAUCUGAAAAUCCUAGACUUAGUACUGAAUAAAUUUCACUUCCCUUUUCCACCAAAGAAAAGUUUCAUUUUUGUAAUUCGUGCUCAUCAAAUAAAGCUCAUCGUUUGCCAUUUCAACGACUCACUUUAA